AUGGUGCCUGCUACUGCUACUGAGCGCGUGGGCAGUGCAGGUUCGGCUGCUCUACUUGGGAGUGCUGCUGCUGCAACUGACGCGUCUGCUACCGUUGGUGGGCGCGUGGGAGGUGUAGUUUCAGCUGCGUUACGUGGGAAUGAUCCCUCCCUCCUCCACUCCCUAUCUCUCACUCCCUUCCCUCUCCAUUCCCCCUCUCUCACUCCCUCCGCCUCCUCCCCAACAUGCUCCCUCACGCAACCCCCUUCAUCCUCUUCACCCCUUCUCAUGUCACCUGCCCCACCCACCCUCCCUACCUCCUCCUCUCCCCCAACCGCAACCAACCAAUCUCACUCCAUCUCCCUCGCAUCGCCAUACCGCCCUUAUCACUCUCCCGCGCCUUCCCAUUCGUCGCGCCUUCUUCUCCUCCCGUUUCUGACGGUCGCGCGCCCAUUUCCGCCCAAAGCGCGCUCUGCCGUCCCCCCGCUUCCCCCGUCCCGUCGCGCGCGCAUUGCGCUCCCGCAGCCGCGCGCGCUAAGCACGGUCCGGCAGCGCGCGCGCCUGCCCUUCCUUGCGGCGCGCCCUGCCCUUCCUCAAUCCGCCCCUUCCUUCACCCUCCUCCUCCUUCCCUCUCUCCUUUGUGCUUCCCCCCACUACCUCACCUCUUCCUCCUCCUAUUUUCUCUCCCCAUCUGCUGCGGCUCGCAGCUCCUUCUGUUUCCUCCUCCUCAUGGCGACCUCUCUCGCCCUCCCCUCCCUCCCUCUGCUGGUCCUUCAGCUUGCGCCCGAUGGCAGUGCAGUCAACUUCCCCAGUUGGCUGAAUUGUCUUGAGCGCACGCUGUCUGGCACCCUAGUGAGUGGCUUUAACCUUUGGUUUGUCACUCAGCAGAGUGGUUCUGGCGCCAUUCCUACCUCUCCCUCUGCACCCACCUCUUCCCCCUCUGACCCCUAUGCUGAUGGCCUCCGUGCUGCCAUUGCUGAAACUGAGCGGCUUGUGGCCACGGCGCAAGCCAUCGCCACGGCUGCUCCUGACAAUGCUGCUGCCCGUGACUUAGCUCGUAUUCUUGCUGAGUCCCUCGAGAGCACCCGCAAGCGCCUCACUGAGCACCUCGCUGCCCCUUCUCCUCGCUCUGCCUCUACGCCCCUUUCCUCUGCUCCAUCUCACUCUGACCUUCUCGCUCACUGGCAUGUUGCCAACGCACGUGCCUGUCAGGUCAUCCUUGCCUGCCUCCCUCCAACUCUUCUCCCUCAGUUCUCGCACAUCCGCUAUGCCAAGGACCUUCUCGGCUAUCUCACCGAGCACUUUCAAUCACAGACUCCCAUCAGCGUCAUUGCCCUCUUACGCGAGCUCACCUCUCUUCGUCUUGCUGACUUCACCACCAUGGCAGACUAUAUCGCUCGUGUGCAGACGCUGUCCUCCCAACUUGCCGCUCAACAGUUUGAACUUUCCGAUCAUGUCUGCGGUGCCCUCCUCCUCACAGGCCUCACUCCUGAAUACAGUGUUCAUGUCACCUUGUAUGGUGAGCGCCCCGCCGACCAGUGGUCAUUCUCCCGUGUCUCUGCCUUCCUCCUCCAGGCAGAGCUCAACCUCCGCAGCUGCCCUCCUACUGCCGCUGCUGUCACACCCUCUUCUGCCCCUCCUCCUCUCUCCACCACCACUGCCGCCGCUGCUUCCUCUCGCCCUCGCAACACCUUUCCUCCUUGCACCUACAUCAUUCGCCAGGGGCCCCGCAAGGGAUAG